UUCUUUUUUCUUCCAUAUUCAAUGUAAAGAUCAACUAGUCAUCUUCAAGACUUUCUUCCCUGUCCUCAUGAGGUGUCGGCAACCCUAUGCAAAGUCCAUCAUUGCAGUACACUAUGCAUCCAACAGAAAAUGACAUCCUCUUACCAAUCACCUCUUCACUGGAAAACUGAGGCUGCAAUCAAAAACUUCAGCCCCUUUUACAGUCGCCAGUACUCUGUGGCCUUCUGCAAUCAUGUGCGCAGUGAAGUAGAACAACAAAGAGAUUUAACAUCACAAUUUUUGAAGACCAAGCCACCAUUGGAUCCGGGGACCGUUUUGUAUGAAGCAGAACUAUGCCAGUUUGCCGAAGAUAUAAAGAAGUGGAAGGAGAGAUAUGUGGUGGUUAAAAAUGAUUUUGCUGUGGAGAGCUAUGAGAACAAAGAGGCCUAUCAGAGAGGAGCUGCUCCAAAAAGCCGAAUCCUUCCAGCUGGUGGCAAAGUGUUAACCUCCGAAGAGGAAUAUAAUCUAUUAUCUGACAGGCAUUUCCCAGACCCUCUUGCAUCCAGUGAGAAGGAGAGCACCCCGCCCUUUGUGGUCCUGCCGAAGGAUUUCCCCGUGUACCUGUGGCAGCCAUUCCUCAGGCACGGCUACUUCUGCUUCCAGGAGGCCGCUGAGCAGAAGAAGUUCCACGCUCUCCUGAGCGACUGCAUCCGGCAUCUGAACCAGGAUUACAUGAAGCAGACAACGUUCGAAGCCCAAGCCUUUUUAGAAGCCGUGCAGUUCUUCCGACAGGAGAAAGGUCACUACGGCUCAUGGGAAAUGAUGACUGGGGAUGAAAUCCAGAUCCUGAGUCACAUGGUGAUGGAGGAGCUGCUGCCAACCCUCCAGGCAGACCUUCUGCCGAAAAUGAAGGGGAAGAAGAAUGACAGGAAGAGGGCCUGGCUCGGGCUCCUCGAGGAGGCCUACAACCUGGACAUGGAUCAGAUCGUCAACUCAAAGAACUUCCUAACUGGGAAGAUCAAAGCGAUGGUGGCCCAGCCCGCGGAGAAAAGCUGUGCGGAGAGCGUGCAGCCAUUCCUGGCGUCCAUUCUGGAGGAGCUCAUGGGCCCGGUGAGCUCAGGAUUCAGUGAAGUGCGCUCACUCUUUGAAAAAGAAGUGGAUGAGCUUAGCCAGAACUUCCAGACCGGCAAAGACAAUGCCCAGCUGAAGGAGCAUCUGGACCGUCUUAUGAAUCUCCCACUGGAUUCCGUGAAGAUGGAGCCUUGUUAUAUCAAAGUCAACCUGCUCCAGGAGCGCUUGCAGGAUCUCAAGAGCCGCUUCAGAUUCCCCCACGUGGAUCUGGUGGUGCAGCGGACACAGAACUACAUGCAAGAGCUCAUGGAGAACGCAGUGUUCACUUUUGAACAAUUGCUUGCCCCACAUCUCCAAGGAGAGGCCUCUAAAACAGCCAUCGCCAUUGAGAAGGUGAAGCUCCGAGUCUUAAAGCAAUAUGAUUAUGACAGCAGCACCAUCCGGAAGAGGAUAUUUCAAGAGGCACUCGUUCAAAUCACACUUCCCACCGUGCAGAAGGCCCUGGCGUCCACCUGCAAACCAGAACUUCAGAAAUAUGAGCAGUUCAUCUUUGCUGAUCACACCAACAUGAUCCAUGUUGAGAACGUGUAUGAGGAGAUUUUACACCAGAUGCUCCUUGAUGAAACCCUGAAAGUGAUAAAGGAAGCAGCGAUCCUGAAGAAACACAACCUGUUUGAAGACAACAUGGCCUUGCCCAGUGAGAGUGUGUCCAGCUUGACCGACCUGAAGACCCCCGUGGGGUCCAGCCAGGCCAGCCCCGCCCGGAGAGCCUCGGCCAUUCUGCUCGGAGUGGCCGAUGGUGAGACCCCCAGUAACGACGUGUUCCCGGAACCAGAGGGAAAGCAGCAGCCUGGGGUCCCCAGUCCGUUGGCCCAAGGAGAAAGCCUUUCUUCCCCAGAUGGGGACGCGCAGGGGGUUCGUUCAGGCACCGGGGACCCUGUCGUGGACCCCCUGGCUGCAGAGGACACAGCAGGAGCCUGGGGCACCCACUCAUCAGAGCUGGAGUUUGCAGGGACUCCUGCGGACAGAGAAGCCGCCACCCUCCAGGAACCACAAUCCCUCUCUGCCUCAUGCUCCUUGAAGGAGCUCAGAAGUUUGUUGACGGUGACCGUCGAGGUACCCACGGUGUCUGCCACCCUCGAGACUGAAAAAGAUACACACCCGGAGACCGUUGUUCCCCAAGAAAUUGACAAAGAAGAGGAAAUGACCCAAACCCAAGUCCACACGGAGGCCACUGAAGCAGCUGCCUCCAAUCAGGACGACAGUGAAGAAGGUGGAGUCGGGGAGAGGGAGGCCUGUUCUCCAGCUGCUGAGGUCAAGGCCGAGGCCGGGGCCAGUGGGGUGGAGUCGGGGGGAUGUUCAGGGGCUCAGCCAGCCUGCGGGGGGCUCAGCCAGGGCCCCAGCGGCCCAGGCCCCACGGAGGAGCAGGCGGAGGCUGGAGAGCCCACCGGGAGGGACGCCCAUGAAGGGGGUAAGGCCGUGCCACAGGGAGGCUGCAUUUUAAACUCUGACCCCGUGGGCCCCAGGGAGAGCCAGGUCUCUGUGGAAGACGCAGUGGGAGGGAAAAGUGGCCCAGCCCAGGGUGCUGCCGGCGUGGGUGCAGAGGAGGUGAAGGGUCCCCGUGUCUACGAGUGUCAGUGGGUGGUGGAGAAUGCUCCAAACACCGACAUCCUAGGUCCACAGGAAGAGGAUGCAAGAGAGGGUCCCCCAGAGCAGCCCUCGGAGGAGUGAAAGGGACAAUUUGGCCAAAGUAUCUCUAUGAGCAAACCCAGCUAAUGGGUUAAUUAUGGGUACACUUAGGGGGUGCAUGGGAUUGUUACAAAAAAGUAAAAAAAAAAGUAUUACCUACUGCCUUAAUCUGUAGAAUGAAAUCAGAGGGGAUGCACACAGGGCACGAGCACUGAGGCAAACCCUUGUGGACCUGAGCUGUUCUGCCACGAAUUCCUGCUUUAGCGUUUUCAUAGGAAUUACACAGGUAAUGGCGGGUGCGGGGUGAGAGACACCUGAGGGUGUCCGGGGGAGGGAGUGGGGGUCGCAUUGAGGACAGAGAACACAGUAGGGGCAUGGUUUUCAAUACACUCUGCAGUGUCUUCUAAUGCACUUUAAGGCUUUUCCAUUCUUUGUAAGAAUGCAGAUCUGUGCUGUAAAUCCCACUACACUAUAUGGACUUCUCUGUCUCUUCAGGACUCGGCCUUUGCCCACGGUCAGGCUGCAGGAAAGGGUAGGUGGAGGGCACAGGCACCACCUCUGUGGGCAGCCCCACAGGGCCUGAGAGCUCAGGGAGGCUGGGCAGGAACAGAGGAAGGCGGUGGUCUGUGCAACUGUCUGGGCCUGGUACUAAAUCUGCUCUCAAUGUCUUGUCAAUUGAUUUGUUAAUUCUUAUUCAUUAAUCACCUCUUGAGGAAAUUCAGACGAAAAUUUCCCUGUCAUGUUUAAGCAUUCCAAAUUAGCCUUAAAUUGUGCAGAGAAAGAGCUUAGCUAAAUUAUUGGGCAUAAAGUCUUCCAAUUAAACACAUGUUAUUGAAACAGAUACUCUAUGCCACAUGCUGUGUGUUAGGCAUCAUACGAGAGAGAGAGAGAGAGAGAGAGAGAGAGAGAGAGAGAGAGAGAGAGAGAAGGAAAGAUAAGGUGCCUUGUUCAGUGUACAUUAAAAGGCCCAAGGGAAUUUACUCUAAGAAAACACCUAUUUUCAAAUGAUAUGUUUUCUGUGUUGGCAUGAAAGCUUCCUGUCUUUCCAUUAAAACAGUCCUGCUUCACUCCCAGAAGGAAAUAAAGUGAGUGCAU